AUGGGCAAGCAAUUUUUAUUAAGCUUGGCGCUCCAAAUUAUUGACGACCAACAGGCCGCUAUGAAGAAUUCUCAGCCAUCACACUCUCUCUACAUUUCGGACGUGAAUCCAGCUUUGACCCAUAUAGCUGCAGACCUAAUCAUCCAAGCUGCGAGAUUCUCCAACGGUACGAAAACUAUGGUAUCCAACUCGGUAUUGCGGUCCAAGGACCUUGCGCCACACGCGAGCGUCUUCCAAGAUCUCGUCACCGUAGACGAAGUCAAGCAACAUAAGCCAUCGAAGGCAGGUUACGGACGCUUAGCGAAACAAACAUGCCAAGACCCAUCGCAGAUGAGCAAACUUUGGCUGAUUAGCGGCAACCCUUUCGACAUUGUCGGGGUGCGCGCUACAGGUAUGCAAGCUAUACGGGUUGAUCGCGUUGGUACGGGAUGGAAGGAUGCCAUGGCUCCAGAUCUACGGCCAACGGUCAUUGUACACAGUCUGGAGCACAUUGUGAACGAAAUUCCAUAG